AUGGUCCCUGGUAUUCCGGAAACCGGCGGUCCUGCUCUAGCCGGAAAUUCCGCCUCCCCGCGUUCUGCUUCCCCGGGUUCCGCGUCCCCCCAUUCCGCUCCGCGCAUCCUCCAAACUCGUAGGCAGUCCCGCUCCAGUCGGAUUACAACGGCCGCAACCUCGAAUGUCCCGGUGGGGGGCUCCGCCUCCCCCGCUUCCGCCCCCGUUGCGCCUAGGCCCGGCGCGAGCGGAGGCGGGGAGGCGCUUAUAUCGGGGGAAGGGCUGGCGAAGAGCUUCGGAAUGGACGUUCUUUUCGAGGGGCUGGAUGUGACUAUAAGCAGAGGGCAGAAGCUGGGGCUGCUGGGGCGGAACGGAUGCGGUAAAAGCACAUUGCUGAGGAUACUAGCGGGGAUGGACGCGCCUGAUAAGGGCAAGGUGCAGCGCCGGCGGCACCUGAACCUGGCGUUUCUCGCUCAGGACCCCGAUUUACCCGCGUCUCUGUCUCUUCUAGACGCAGUACUAUCUGCAGACAAUGCCGCCAUGCGCGCUGUGAGGGAAUACGAGCGAGCAGCACAGAGGAUGAAGGGGCGAGACCCCACGCCCUCAGAGGCAGCAGCGCUGCAGCGAGCCAUGGAUGGGGUGGAGGCGAUGGGGGCAUGGGACGUGGUGGCAGAAGCAGAGAAGCUGCUGGAGAUCCUAGGGCUUGGGGACGCUGCUUUGAGAAACGGUGGUGGUGGCGGUGUUGGCGGGGGGAUUAUGGAGCGGCAAGUUUCGUCGCUUAGUGGCGGGCAGAGGAAGAGGGUGGCUCUGGCUGCAACACUUCUGGCAAAACCAGAGCUCAUCAUUCUCGAUGUGAGUGGCUUUGUGCAUGAUGUGAGUGGCUUUGUACAUGAUGAGCCCACCAACCACAUGGACGUGGCAGUCAUUGAUUGGAUGCAAUCGGCCCUCUCCGACCCCUCCCUAACCGUCGUCCUCGUCUCUCACGACCGUUACUUUCUCGACGCCGUCUGCACGCAAAUGCUCGAGAUAGACCGGGGGACCUCGUUCCGCCACUCGGGCAACUACUCAACCUUUUUGGCUGCCCGGGCGAAGCGGGCAGUCGAAGAAGCCGCCGCGAUUGGCCGGGCAGCGAACACGCUGCGGCGGGAGGGGGAGUGGAUGCGGCGAAUGCCUAAAGCUAGAUCGACUAAGUCCCGGUCGAGAAUCGACCGGUUUUUGGCACUUACUAAAGCGACAACGGAGAAGAGGCAGCGGCAGCAGCAGACGGUGGUGGGGAGUGUGGUUGAGAUGGGUGUGGGGGAGGCACGGCUGGGUGGGAAGGUGUUGGAGCUGAGAGAUGCGACAGCCAUGCGAGGAGAGAGCACCGUGUUUGAAGGAUUCACGUGA